AUGAACCUGAACAUGAUUACGACAAUGGCCAACGCCCUGUCAAGUCGGUGCCGCCAAGUCGUGCAGAACUCUGUCAUCAUGGACUACCUGGCGGUCAUCGUCAGCAGCGACAACACACGGCUGAGUCAAUUACGGAAUGCCCACUACAAGGUGAUGGCGAACUACUAUAGCUGGGAGAAGUCCGCCAGGAAUGUGUGCGGCAAUUUUGAAGAUGACGAGAUGCAGGGCUUCCUCAUGAACCUAGGCCGUCGUGGAUCUCAGCGAGCAGAAUUUCUACCCGAGCUUGAUGGAAGUGCCCAGAUCGCAAAGGUGGGAGUUGGAGAAGCAAGGCAAGUGGGUCGCCAGGACUCGGCAUCCGAAUCCUGA